AGUUAUCCCUUAGAGACUCAACGCAGAUGAAUGAUACAGAUUUGGAAGAAACACGCACGGCCACCUCGCGUUAAUCACGUCUAAUUCCUCCGACACUUCCAGAGAAGUGUAAAUGGGCAGACUAGAGACGCUCAGUGGAUGAAGGCGACUUGACAGUGCAGACGAGCGCACGUCGCUUAAGCCACACAUAACAGUCUACUGGUUGCGAUUUUUGAAUUGGAUUUCAACUAUUUUGCACCCUAUCUCACCUUUGAGAUAUUGUUAUUGCUUUCCAAGCAUUUUUUCUUAAUUCACAGCCGAUAUGGACACCAUAUUGGACAACCUCGCUUCGGACAAACUUUUUCCCAAUUCCAACCUGUUGGACCUAGAGGAUCUGCAUGAGAGUGAUUUCUUAUCCAAUGUGCACUUCUCCGAGCAGAUGGAGGAUUUCUCCAAUGACCUUUUCAGCAGUUUCUUUGAUGAUCAUCUGUUGGCGGAGAGGAACCCACUGUUGGAUAUGGAUCUGGACCCUCCAAACCCUGCCAUCCAGGCAGAACACAGCUAUUCUCUCAGUGGGGACUCUGCCCCACAGAGCCCCUCCAUGCCCAUCAAAUCAGAUGAUGAUGCAGACUCUGAAGGGAUGUGGUCGUUCAGUCAGGAUCUCACAGCCAUUCUAGUGAAGCAGGAGCCCAGCCUGAUGUCGGAGAGCUGCCCUGAUACAGCGCCCCCUCUGGCCAACACCAGCACCUGCUCACAACCCCUCACUCUUGCCCCUCCGCCACAGAGGAACCGCACAGGGGAGAAGAUUUCCAAAAGCCUGAGCUCAAACUCUGUUCCUGCCAUCAAAGCAGAGCCCAGAGAGGUGAACCAGUUCCUCAGUGUGCCCUCAGAUGAGCAUCUGCGGUUGCCACCCACUCCUCCCAGCAGUCAUGGCAGCGACAGCGAUGGAUCCCAGAGCCCACAUUCACUGCCACCAUUAAGCCCUGGCCACCUGCAGAGCCCACAGUCACUGCCUCCGUCCAGCCCUGCCCGGCUACAGGCCCGGACCUCCACAGCCAUCUCCUCGUCCCCUCUCCUCACUGCCCCGCAUAAGCUGCAAGGAACAUCAGGCCCUUUGAUGCUGACAGAGGAAGAGAAGAGGACUUUGAUUGCUGAGGGAUAUCCUGUCCCCAACAAACUACCACUCACCAAAACUGAGGAGAAAGCCCUCAAACGGGUGCGCAGGAAAAUAAAAAAUAAGAUCUCUGCACAGGAAAGCCGCAGGAAGAAGAAGGAAUAUGUGGAGUGUUUGGAGAAAAAAGUUGAGAACUAUACUUCAGAGAAUAAUGAACUGUGGAAAAAAGUAGAGACACUCGAGAAUGCCAACAGGUCUCUACUCCAACAGCUUCAAAGACUUCAGGCUCUAGUGAGCGGGAAAGUGCCUCGGUCCUGCAAGAUCGCCUCCACACAGACAGGAACAUGCCUAAUGGUGGUGGCGCUGUGUUUUGUGUUGGUGCUGGGCUCGCUGGCUCCCUGCCUGCCUGGGCUCUCCCUCUACUCUUCCUCCUUAUCCUCAUCAUCCUCACACACGGUGAAGUCAGCACCGCUGCCCUCAGGUGACCUCUACACCACCAGCCAGGUCCGCUCCCGCAGCCUGCUCUUCUAUGACGAGGGUGCCCCAGUGGAGGACGGCCACAGGGGCGUGCUGAGCGUGGACAGGAUGGAGGGGGUGCCGCGACGUGUACAGGACCUGAAAGAUAGACACGUGCAGGAUCGGUCUGCUCUUGUGAGCAGGUACUUGAGCCAGGCCCAACCGGAGCCUGCAAGCUACAGCAACACGUCCGCGGCCCCACUCCAUCCCCCAGAAGUACACUACCACUCCAGGUGA